UUUUCUUUUGGAAAUACCUAUUGUUUACAGAUUAUGAGCAGAAUUUCCGAGUCAUCUCUAAUUGGAUGCAAAACAGAGCUUCUCAUAGAAGAGGCGACAAAAGUGGUUGAAAGCAAAAUAAGAAGUCUUGUCGGAGCGGCGGAACUAUCGGCCGAAGAGUAUACAGCUCUGGAGUUGGAGUCGUGGCGUAAUUUGCAUUCAUUUUGUCAGCAAUACCACAGCGCAGAGAAUAAACCGCUCGGACUCUUCAUUGAUCCCAAGACUGGGUUCAAAGGAAUUAUCAAAAAAGCAAACAUUGAGUUUCCCGUCAAAAACGAUCCGAUGGAUGAUAUUAUCGAUGACUCGUUCUUUGAUAACAAAUAUGACUUAAGUCUGGUCUGCGACGACCCGUCACUAGAGUCGAGUUUAUCACUUCUCCUCAAAAGUGUUUCCCUAAUCAAUGAAUCGCUUAUUGACGACGACUUGAUCGCAUUCGAGGCCUUCCUCUUGAAGGGAGAGUCUCCCAUCACUGCCGCCGAAGCACUCAUCGAUAACUCAUUGAUGUUAACAACUGAUCCCAGAUCACUGACAGGAGAGCCUCUUAAGCAUUCGUUUGAUAACAUACAGUCUAAGGCGCCUCAACUGUUGGACGCCAUUCUACUGAUGAUUAAAACGUUGGAAUCGUAUCUAAAAGACGCCAACGAAGAGCAGAGCGCCAUUUUGAUGGACGGCUCGCAAACCAUUUCUCCAAUCUUUCAAAAUUGUCUUUCAAGUAGUCGUGGACUCAAUCUCUUGAGCGAAAGUGUCAAACGAGUCGUGAGAUUGAGAUUUAACUUUUGUCGCGAUUUACUACUAUUCCAGUCAUUCUUAACUAAAUUAAGAAACAAAGAAAGCCUCGAAAUCAUUGAGAAAAUCAAUUGUAACACAAUACCAAUGACUGCAGAAAUUUUGAACGCAUAUUAUCUAAUGGCAUGGAUUUGUGAAACACCGAUGAGUUUGGGAAGCUUUGGAUCCGUUGCCGCUGAAGACAGUGUCGCUCUGCUAUCGCUUCUGGAGCUCAACGAAUACAUAAACGUGAGUCGAAGCGGCACUUCAUCAGCCCUGCUGUUUGAUUGCGGACCCAAAACUAUAAUCAAUUAUUUCAUCCAAAAUAAUGGCGGAGUUUUGGCCAAGAAGUUGUUGACAAACAAAUUCAAGAGAAGCGAUGAGAAUAUAUCCAAUUUAGAGAUAUGGACCACAAUUAUGCCUCAAUUCGUGCACUCAAUUGUUCUGCUAAUCUCUCCCCUCACCACUCAUUUCCAUUUACCGGAGUUCCUGUUGGGCUUCGGUCAGCACAACCUACUCAUGGAAUACAUCAACAAACUGGACGUUUGGUGCGAAUGGAACUCCAACUCAAGACUCUUUCUGAAAGCCUUGUGUUAUCUGAUUAUCGGAGAGUCGUAUAAAUCGGUUUCGCUUUUUAAUAGAGCGCUCUUUGGUGUGAAUGAAGACCUGUUUCUCAAACGAAUUAUUAUUGGAAACAAUCGCGAGAUCGAAGUGGAAGAUGAGAGCGAUGCCAUCAAAUCCAACAUUAUUUAUAAAUAUUACAACAAAUUAUUGCAAUUGUUUGCUAUCUAUGGCUCUCCCGACUCAGUCAUAGAAGUGGUGGACAGCGCUCUCUCGGCGUUAGACAAAUCGGAUCCCAAUUAUGACGAACACAUCUCCUCUUUGUAUUCGACUAAAUUCAUGGCCCACUUAGAGUUGGAGAACACGACCGAAGCCUACGAGACAAUGAUCUCCAAUCCAGACGUAUCUCAUAAGAAGAUAUGUUUGCGACAAUUCAUUGUCCAUCACUGCGAGAGCGGACAGUUGUCAGCGCUCACGGCUUUCACUUAUAAUGAUAUCGAAGAUGAGUUCGUCAAUAUAAUCGAGUCGAGGGCCCGCUCCACAGACUUACUCCUCUCAAAUCACGUCAAUUAUUACCACCUCUUGUACUCUUACUUCGUGAGAGACAGUAACUACAGGAGAGCCGCUUCUGUGAUGUACGAGUUCUGUCGACGACUGAGUCAAGAAGUGAAUGGAAUGGAAAGCAUCCAAAAACAACAUUCCUUUAAGAGAGACAAUACCUCUCCGCUCACGAAACGCAAACACGACUCAAACAUCAAGAGAUCCGUUGAUCCAGAAGUUGAGAACUUUAGGAAGAGUUUGGAGUUAGAAAUCCUGGACAGCGAUGACAUCAAACGCGAGUACGAGUUAGUGAGAGCCAGGUAUCGGUUACUUCAAAAGGACGAGAAGACGUACGCCAUCGCAAACACGCCGCUCGACGCCACGGAAACGGUCACUCUUCUCAUCUCUGCCUCACUCUUCGACUUAGCCUUCGAUUUGUGUUCUUUACUUAAACUCAAAUUCGAGCCCAUCUUUGAAGGAAUUGUUUCCAAAUACAUAUAUUUAGUACAAUCGGGAAACAGCUAUGAAAUCGUCGACGUCUACGACUGUUUCGUGGAUAACGACACGCCAUCUCUGGGUUUCAUUAACGCCGCCGAUAUGUCACCCGUAGACAAGAUGUGGCAUUUGAUCUCCGCUUAUAUCGACAGAUAUGAAGCCGAAGGACAGACUUGUCUGAAGAAAUGUGUGGCCGAAAAACUAUUAGCAAAUGGUUUAAUGAUUCCCACGUGUCUUAAAUUGAAAUAUCAGCGAGUUCUUAAUAAGGUGAGACAAAACUGUCCGGAAUUGCUUCGGCUAUUAAUGACAUACGACUUCAUCGAAGAAGCCUUUAAUUUGUCCGUUGAAUACAUGAGAGCUUUCGAGGGGAAGGGAACCGAAUAUUUUGAUAUUCGGACCCUUUCCGCCAAACUUUAA